AUGAAGAAAACGGGUAAUAUAGUGCAUGAUCUUUUAAAUUGUGCAAUCGGGAAAGAGAUAAAAGCAGAGCUCAAGAAAUUUUCGUUUCAAUUGCUACAUCGCAAAAUACAGUUUACAGCUAACGGAUAUUUUAUGCUCGAUAAUACUUUUCUUCAUUCGCUAAUUGGCACAGUGGUGACAUAUUUGAUAAUAUUUGUGCAAUUUCAAAUGGAAAGCUCACGUUCAUCAAUCAGACAGCAAUGUAACUAUACAGAGAGAGAUUUAAAAGAAGCGGAAUAA